AUGUGCGCCGAGCUCGCAGAUAAGUGCUUUGCGAGGCUGGUUCCUUUCACUCGACAUCGUCUCGGCGCCAGUUUCGAUUUACGCUUCCCCUUUUUUAGCUCUUACGGCUACUCCCGCUCGACGGCCCGGCAGACACCACCGCACACGCGUCGUCUUUCGCCGUUCCCCCCCCUCUCGCUUCCACGUACACAUGGCAUAUUUUUAAACGUUACUGCUGGCUCUGUCUAUUGGUGCUCUCCCCCCGUUUGCGCACACCCCACCUCCUCCGCCGACAUGCCUGCUAUACUUCACGACGAGACUCGGGCCAUCGCGCCGCCUCCCAACAGCGCUAUCCGGGUCUGCGCGCACCGUGCUAUCGCGCCGCCAACAGCUCGCCGUCGCCUUUUCUGUACUACUGGAAGCGGUGGCAACCUCAAGCGUGCUUGCGUUACCUCCUUCUUGCAUAUCUUCAGAUUCCUUAGCUCUACGUGUUUCCAAGCGUUGUCUCUGCCGUCGGAGAACUAUCUUCCUCUGCCUGCACCCCCAGCAGCUUUUGCUGCCCCUUGGUUGCUUGCCCCACGAUACUGUGCAUCAGACCGCUACAAGUCUUUAUGCAACAUGGAUGUGCUAAGGUCGUGGCUGGCAAGACUCCCGGCUCCCACUGACCUCGUCAUCCUCAUUGACACCCGGCUCAUCGACAGAAUCCCCAACCUGGACUUAAAAUUUCGACCGCACGCUUCCGCUCACGCCCCAGCACUACUCUCUACCGACAGCACUACAGGGAGGCCCACUCUCAUCGGUGGUGUCUCUAUCUUAUCUUUCAACAGGGCUAUCUCGCUGUCCUCCCCACUCCCCUCCGCAGAUGGCAGACUUAUCACUAUCCACCUCAACUAUCUCCCCCCGACCGCCGCUGCUGCAUCCAUGCUCGCCGGAGACUUCAAUUCGGUAGUCCUUCCCAUCGACCGGAAUCGCCCUCCCAAAGACUUUGAGGUACGUGAGGGCGCUUCAUUCGCCAAACUCAUGGAUAACCACGCACUGGUCGACACCUUCCGUCAACUCUACCCCACGCCGACAGACGUAUUCUCCUUUCACGGGAGGCAGCGUCACAACACUGCAACGCCGCCCACCUCCUCCCGACUCGACAGGAUAUACAUCUCUCGGGCCUUCGUACCCCGUCUUGCGGCAUGUCCGUACAUCCAAACCCGCACGGCAAUCACGGACCACCUCUACGCCCCCCUCUGCUCGCUCAGCUUCUUCAACCCCACAGUUGCCCCUCGACCAUGGCGACUCCGACAACAUCUACUCAUGCGGCCCCAUGUCUCACAAAUCGUCGACUCCGCCCUCGCAGUCUUCCCUUCCACCCCUUCCCCGGACUCCUGGGACAGAUGGAAGCUCGACCUCACCCUCAACCUCAAACGCUUUUCCAACCAGGAGAGACGCCGCGUCGAUGGCACGAUCGCACAUCUGGAACAGACCAUCGGCUCCCUACAGCGACAUGCAGCGUACACACCACUGACUCAGGCUGAGUCCAACCGCCUUGACCAAGCAAGACUCCAUCUGGCCAGGUACGAAGCCGCGAAAGCCUCCGAGAUUGCGCUCAAGGCCAAGCUCAAAGUGGAAGGGCACAGAGAAAUGGGAGUUUCCUCUCUCCUCUCUGGCCUCAACUCACGGAUCAAAGGCUCGAUCAUCACCUCGCUGACCUUACCUAACGGACAGACGACAUCGGACCUUCCCACCAUGACCAACAUGUGCUCCAACUUUUUCCAGACACUCUACAGCGGAAACAGCCCCAUCACCGCAAGCAACUCCUUCUGGCAACACAUCCCCCCCUCCUCCAUCCCGAACCCCCUACUCUUACGCCUCAGCGCCCCCCUUUCCCUUGCUGAAAUUGGAAAAGCGCUACUAUCUCUGUCCCGAGGAAAAACCCCCGGCCUAGACGGCCUUCCCGGGGAACUCUUUCGGCAGUUUUCCCCGCGAUUUGCACCGGCCUUCCACUCCCUGCUCUCCCCACUACAGCCACUCUCCCGCCUACCUCCAUCCAUGCUGACCGGACGCACUGUCCUUAUUCCAAAAAGGGGUGAUUCUUCGCUAGUAGAGAAUCUCCGCCCCAUCACCCUCAUGAACGCCGAUUACAAAGUCCUCGCUCUAUGUCUGGCUAACCGCCUUCAGCUCAUUCUCCCCCAGCUCAUCCACCCAUCACAAACCGCCUUCAUAAAAAACAGGAAAAUCGGAGACACAAUCAACGACACCCUUGACAUUAUGGAUUGGGCGGCCUUCUCGUCGGCCCCUCUUCUCGCUCUUACGGUGGACUUUCGGAAGGCGUAUGACCUCGUCGACCGACCUUUCCUCCUCCAAGCCUUAGCGGUCCUCGGACUCCCUGCAUCAUUCAUCCACUGGGUACGGCUAAUGCACUCCGACACGAGCCCACGGAUCUCGGUCAACAACAUGCUCGGCCCCACAUUCCCCGUUCGUACGGGAGUCCGACAGGGCUGCCCUCUGGCGCCUUUACUUUUCGUCUGCGUCAUCGAGAUCUUCCACCGAUAUAUGGCCCUCUUCCUCCCCGGCUUCGCCCUGUCUCCGGCCCAGCGCCGACUCAUGGCAUCCUACGCGGACGAUGUAACUCUCUUCCUCACCUCCGACACAGAGCUCGGCCUCGCAGUCCUGCUUUUAGGCGUUUUUGGAUCCGUGUCUGGGGAGGUCACCAACUGGAACAAAUGCUCCAUUAUCCCUUUCAACAUCCCCCCACUGUCCUUGUGCACGCCGGGCCUAUUCCCGUUCGUGCCCCCGAUGAAGCAGAACGCAUUCUUGGAAUCUACGUCGAACGAUUACACCCCGUGUAUCCUCACCGAACCUUUGGCCUUCAACCGCUCGCUCCUUAAACCUGACAAUCGGCCUUUCGGCACCCGCCAACACGAGCGCUUCCUCCUUACAAGGCAGCUCCGCGUCGGGCACAUCGUCCAAGUCACCAACCUUGGCGUGAACCCCAUCUCAGCACAAGAGUUUUGCUCCCAACUCCCAGAGGAAUUCCACGAUGACGCAACCUGCGUCCUCCCUGCUCUCAUCGAAGCUAUCAAACGUCCCAGGUGGGCUGCCCUCCGAACCCCACACGCCUCCUCUGCCUCCCCAGGUGACUGGUUCAUGCUCUCUAAAGACCACUACUCCAUCUCGCACCUAGCCGUCCAAGUCGUCGCCUUCUUUCCCCCCUCCUCCGUCUCGGCUACAGUCCACCUCGUAUUGCCAAACCACCGCAUCACUCGCCCCCCGGCAUCUUCCGGACUCUUCCGUCUUCAGGACCUCAUAGAGGUGCACGUCAGGGACUGGUGGCUCGCAGGGCCACUUCACACAGGGGCAGGGUUAGGAGCGAGGAUAGAACUUCUACAGGACGGCGUCCCCAGCCUCGCCGACAUCCGACGUCUCCUCUACUCACCGCAGCCACUUACUCACCACAGCCGAUGGACCCGCGAUCUCACCCUUCCUCCUCCUCCCCUCCCUGGCUUUAAGGACUCAUUUCUUAAAGAUCAGCCGAGCCGUCAACGGGACAUCCUUUUCAGACUUUACACGCUCACCCUUCCCUCUGGAUCACGCUUCCAAUACUUUGACGACCGAGGGGUGUGCCCCCGGUGCCCAGCUGGCGUCGUCGAGACACUGCCACACAUCUUCUUUGAGUGCUCCUCCGCCGGAAACGUCAUCUCGGCCCUCCGCACAGUCGCUGACCGCCAUCUCAGACAAACCACCACCGCCGAACACAUCUUCUUCCCGAUACAGUCACGGGUGGGACAAUCCCCCCCAUGGAGCCUUCUAGUGGGAGCCGCAGUCAAAACACUUUGGAACAACCGCUGCGACCAUAAGUACCGCAACUCCUCCUCCUCGAGCUUCGAGACACUUCAGCUGGUAUUAGCCCAAUUCCUCAUCGCCUUCAAAAUUUUUAUGUUGAGAGGCAGACGCCAGUCUGCCAAGAAGCGUCAACGCAUAUCCUCCGGCAUCAAGCGCGCGCAAAAACUCCGUUUCCUCCUCUUUGACAAGACCGGCACGCCUUCCAUUCACCCUGACCUUAGACUCUCGUGGCUUUUGGGGAAACCGUUCCGCCCACCGUAG